CAGCCAUACGAUGCGGACGGCUAACGUUUUUCGCUUCUUCUGUACGCAGUUGAUGUUCAGCACAUGCUUCCUACCAACAGUGGAUUCAAGUUCUACAGUUCUACUCGCAAAACCUGUCACAGCGGCGGGUAAACUGCCAGUCAUAAACAAGAACACGCCACUUCGUCUCCCACCGGACACGCCCACCAUCCUGCCAAAAACGUUCGAGAGGUCAGCCUCAUCAUCAGCGACAUCAGCGGCGCCACACGAUAAGAGGGACCGGCCGAUCGCCUAUGCUUUCACUGGGCAUGGGAACAGCCAUACGAUGCGGACGGCUAACGUUUUUCGCUUCUUCUGUACGCAGGUUAGUAAUAUCGAUUCUUUGUACACUAAAAAAUCAAGCGACGUUUUUCUUUUGGUGUUCCCAUGCCCACGGGAGUUGUUCUCGAUCGUCGGUCAGAGUAUAGAUGUUGUAAAAUUGCUGAUGCUAUGCGGCGACGUUGAGGUAAACCCCGGUCCUGAAACGCGUAACAAACAGCUUGACAACAUGUGCAAACUGCUUCAAGAUGGUCAGUCUAAACUACUAAUGGUUGUAAAUGAAAUCAAAACAAAUCAACAGCAGUUGGAAGACAAAAUCACUGACAUCUCUAACCGGCUCCAGAAUGUGGAAACUAAGACUAAUGUUCUUGAUAGACUGGAUUGUGAAGUACGCACUACACAUCAGGUUCUAGAAGAAGUUAAAAAGGAAAAUGCAUUCUUGCGUGCUAGACUUGACGACCUCGAAGAUCGGUCUCGGCGAGACAAUCUAAUCUUUCAUGGUAUAGAUGACUCGCCCUCAGAGACCUGGGCCCAAUCUGAGCAAAAAGUACACUCGCUGCUUUCUAACGUCCCUGAGCUGAGCAUUUCUGAAGAGGGAAUCACUCGUGCGCACCGGCUUGGUACGUUUUCUCGAAACAAGUGUCGACCAGUAAUGGUAAAACUUGUGUCAACCAAAACUAAAGAGAGCAUCCUUUCAGCAAAAGCUAAACUAAAAACAUGGAACGUCUCAGUCAAUGAAGACUUCGCACCAGCCACACGUUAUGCACGCAAGAAGUUGUUUGACUUCGCAAAAUCUCAGAGUCCCAAUAGUAUAUUUAAGAUAAGGUACAACAGGCUUUACCUAAACAAGAAGUGUUACGCCUACUGCAGUACGAGUGACGAAGUUUAUGAAAUUUCUAGUGCUACCAGUGCUACUGAUAGAGGUGCCGAGUCACUCCAACCGCAACACGUGCAAUCAGCAACGUCAUAACAAUCGUGCACUCUUCCAGUCAAAGAUUCGACGGUGGAAAAUGUUUCUGUUUUCUUUACAAAUAUCCGAAGCGUAAUAAAGAAACGCGAUGAAUUGUGCUCCGCUCUUGAUUCUGCU